AUGUUCCGUGAUGAGAGCGAUCGAGUGCAACAGAAAUAUCGAACCAAUUCGGUACAGGAUGCAGAUGCAGAUGCAGCCGCUGCCGCUGGUGUGCAAAGGGCCAGCGAGUCCAGCAGACACGAUGCCAUCGCAACUAGACCGUCCCUGGAUCUUCAAACCAAUGAGAGAGACUUGUCGCCAAUUGUGGCUGACAACGAAUGCAGCCAGAUCUUGAAGCUUGGAAAACAGACCUCGCCGGACUGCCCUUACCGAGCACUGAGUCAAGCUCUUCCCGAGAUCGCCACAGCCUUCUUCCUGACGCAAUAUAUCCCUGGGAGCCAUUUCGAUUACCUCCCUCUUCUUUGCAGCACUGCAACUCCCACCUCCCUGCUUACAGGCGUUGUUGAGGCCGUUUCCAUCGCAAGUCUUAGCCAUGUGACCAGGAAACCCGCGUUGAUGGCUCUAGCCCGACAAAGAUAUUCGCGGAGUCUUGUUGAAACAAACAAGGCACUGCAGGAUCCGCAUGCUUGCCGCGAGGAUGGGACGCUAGCGUCGAUACUGCUCCUUGCUCACUUCGAAACUCUUGCGAGCGACGACUCGAUUGGGGUCGAAGAUGUUGCAUCAGCACACGCCAACACAAGACAUUCGCCAUCAGCGAGCUGGGACCGACAUAUCCAGGGCGCGGUAUCACUCGUUGCCCUUCGCCCCAAACCUGAUCUCGACUGCCCUCUGAGUGUCCGAAUCCACCAACAUGUCAACGCAACGGCCCGGUACAGCAGCAUCCAACGAUGCAUCCGGUUGCCCGCCGAGAUUUCGUCCUGGGGCUUUUCAAUGGGCUUGCGCAGAGACCGAGAAGACCCGAAUCGACGGUUUAUGGUGGUCGUUGACGACUUCACAGAACUUCGCGCAAGCAUCCGUGAAGGUUCUCUGACUGAUCCCUUUGAAAUCAUCGAGCAUGCGAAGUCCAUCGACGCGCACACAGCGUUGGUCGCCAGAGGGUUCCCUUCGGCUUGGACGUAUGAUGUGGUGGUCUCCAACCGCCAGAUGGACGGAGUUUACAAGAACAAAUAUCAUCUCUACCCGAGUCAUUACUCCGCGCAGCUGUGGAACGAGGUUCGGAUGACCAGGUUAGCCCUCAAUGAGAUCAUGUUCGCCUAUGCCGAAAAAGCCUGUCGGCUUGACUCCCUCGACGGCAACAUGGACGAGUUACUCACCGCAUUACGUGCGCGGUGUGUCCGCGUCAUUGAACAGAUGGCGACCGAGAUAUGCCAGUCGACGACCGCGUUUCUGCAGAAGCCAGACUGUCUCUUUCCCUUUUCAGGAGCCCAGUCGUCGUCCAAGAGGUCGAUUGCGAGCGCCUAUUUCCUCAUUUGGCCCCUGUUCAGCGCGGCUCGUGCUUCCAGGGUGGCGUCCGGGUCAUUCAGAGAGUUUGUGAUUGAUAGACUGAAUUUCAUCGCGAGGGACAUAAAUAUUCCCCAGGCGCGAAAGGCGUCGCUGAUGUUGGAACGGGGUAUUGUUCACGAGGACUGGCUGCACAUGCUGCAUUUAUUUUGA